AUGAAUUGGAUCCAGUUCUUUCGGCUGCUAGGAUUAAAAUAUGUUCUCCUUUGUCUAAUUGCUCUUCUUGCAAUCAUUCUUCUCACAAUUGCUCUUUUCAUAAUAUUUAGUCAAAGCAGCAGCGUUUCCGCUUACGCUAGUAAUGCAGAAAAUCAGGAAGCAAGACGCGUCAUAAUAACAGAUGAGGACAAAGAGACAGAACGUUGGACUGAGGCAUAUCAAAGAAAUGAAGUGACUGAUGUUACACAUAAUAAUGUUGGAGAAGAAGCAGAACAUGUUCGAACUGGACACCAUCCUCCGAUCGCUCAUCCGUCUACUGUUCUCGAGUCGAGUACCUCAAUGCCUACCACACCAUCGACAGAACUUACACUGACACAGCGACCGAUUUCUCUUCGGACGUAUUUGUGGACCCAUGCACCUCCAAAAAGGUUAUCAUCGUCGACAACUACAACUACUUCAACAGAAUCAAUAACGACUACAACACAAGAAAAAUCAAUCUUUCUAUCACCAAUUGGAGAAGUUGUCGACUGCGAACAUUUUCGUAAUAAAGGAAAAGGGUCUGGUGCUAAUCAACUUUCUGUUCCCAAUUAUGGCGAUUUUUAUGCUUAUUGUGAAAUGGAGUCGGAACAAGGAUGGAUUGUUCUUCAAAAGUUUUUUUUAUCACAGCAAAAUUAA